CGCCGCCUAUCUGAACUUCCUCAUUGGGAGUGAUAGCACAGUCCAGCGACAUUUCUGUCUGAAGUAGUACAUUGAGCGUUUCGUUUCAUUUUACCUCCGAUCCUCGCAAAUGUCGAAGCCUCCUCCCAAGCCGGCCAAGCCAGGCCAAGUCAAGGUGUUCAGAGCAUUAUUCACCUUUGACCCCAGAACGCCAGACGAGCUGUACUUUGAAGAAGGAGACAUUUUGUAUAUCUCUGACACAAGUGACACUAAUUGGUGGAAGGGGACAUGCAGAGGAAGGACAGGACUAAUUCCAAGUAACUAUGUGGCUGAGCAGGCAGAGUCUAUUGACAAUCCAAUGCACGAAGCAGCCAAACGAGGCAAUUUGAGCUGGCUGAGGGAAUGUGUGGAAAACAAGGUUGGAAUUAAUGGCUUGGAUAAAGCUGGAAACACUGCCCUCUACUGGGGAUGCCAUGGAGGACAUAAAGAUGUGGUGGAGCUGUUGCUCAACCAGCCCAAUGUGGAGCUCAACCAGCAGAAUAAACUUGGGGACACUGCUCUGCAUGCUGCUGCCUGGAAGGGUUAUUCUGACAUUGUGGAAAUGUUGCUGAACAAGGAUGCGAGGACAGACAUCAGAAACAAUGAGAAUAAGCUGGCUCUGGAGAUGGCCACCAACGCCCAGUGUGCUUCACUUCUCAAAAGGAAGCAGGGAAGCACUGUCACCCGCACACACAGCAAUGCUGAAGAGUAUUUGGAUGAUGAGGACUCAGACUGAGCUGACCCUGUUGAAACGUGUCACUGUCUUCCAUUGGGUUUGAGGUGGGGGGGGGGGGGUUGUGGAGCUUGGAGAGUUUUCUCACUGACCUGAAAUGGAUUUGCUGCUUUGUUUUCAACUGUAACUCCAUUUUAGUUCCAUUCAUUUUUACAAACACCUCAGUUCACGACCCUCUGCAUCACAUCAGUGUGAAUUUCAAAGCAUUGAAUUAAUGCGUUUUUACAGUUUGCCUGCUUUGCCAAGUGCAUUUCCACAUGUCAGGAAUUUGUCUUGGAGCAUCCGUUGCACACUGUGGGCUGAGGGACAUUAUAAAUGUAGUAGUGGAAAUGGGACCAAAGCUCUAAGAAGCACAUUCCAAGAGUACAGAUUAUGUUUAACCCAUUUAAACUGGGAAUUAAAGUGCCAGUGCAGAUUAAAAGAUUGAUCAGGUCUGUUUUCGGGCUCCACUCAAAUUACUGAACUGCAGAAUCACUGAAAUGGAAUCAGAAACAGGUAAUCUCUUACAGCUUGGCGCUCUGUCACAACUACGCAAAUUUCUAUCUAUUUAUGUACAUUAGGGAGGCAAAAGAAUGUAUUUAGCCUUAAUAUUUCCCCUCAAAAUGGGAUGUGUUGAGUGACCCAAAGACACAUUUUCCUGUGUUAUCUGCUUAGUCAAAUUAAGGGAUCACUAAUGUGCAUAAAUGGUUAAUAGGGGUAAAGCAUCUGUGAACUGCUGCAUAUGGCCGUUAUCUUCACCUCCCCCUCAUAAUGUCCUAAAAGUCACCUGUUAUUUUUGCUGCAUGUAUUUUGAUCUGUUAUAACAUUUCCACUGCCAACAUCUUCAAUCAAUUCAGUGUAACAAAAAAAAAUCUGCCCUGUGUAAAACAGACUUUCCAUUAUUCUUUCAUCUUUCAAGCUUUUGAUGGUUUGAUUUCCAUCCUGGGAGCAAUUUUCUGGUUAUUUUGCUGCUUUCCAACAAAUUAUAU